GCGGCCAGUGCGACGACGGCUUCGGCGAGGGCGACAGCAUCCCGUACCACGCGCGCCAGGACUCGCGGCCCUUCACCUACGGCGCCAUCCCCGGCGGAGGCGGCAGCGCAGCCGGCAUGCUCGCCUCCCCCAGCCUCGUGCGCAAGGCCAGCUUCAAGGGUGGCGGCGGCGGGGGCGGCGGCGGUUCCCUCUCGGCCCCCGGCACCGCCUCCACGACGCCGACCGCCGCCGCGCCCCCGGGGAUGGUGGCGUCGUCGCCGGCGCCCGUCUCGCCCCCGGACAGCCUGUCCACGUCGGCCGCGUGGGACUACCGCUACAGCAACGGCGGCAGCAGCAGCAGCACCACGUCUCCGCGCUCGCCAGAGUUCCACGACGGUACGGUGGUGGGCAGCGGCAGCCUGACGUGGCUGCAGCGACAGCAGCAGAAGCUCCGGGAGAGGCGCGAGGGCCAGCGGCCGGCCCACGAGGCGCGCCUGCUCAACGAGCUGCGCAUCGUCCAGCACCGCACCACCACCACCACCACCAGCACCACCACCGCCAGCUCCAGCGACGCCGGCUACACCAGCGACCAUGCCGACCUCUGCACCCCGCUGCACAUCAACACUGCCGGCUCGCAGGCAGGGUCCCCAAGUGGUGGUGCACCCGCCCCCGGGCCACUGCCCCAGCAUCAGCAGCAGCACCUGCCACCCCCACAGAAAAGUGGAGGCAGUGCUCCUGCGUCACCACUGCUGCCCUCUAGGGCGUCAUCGCGCCGCCUGCACACCGCCGCUACUGGCUACAGCACCCUCGGCCGCCAGAAGUCCGACUCUUCUUUUGACCGCGAAAGGCCCUUCGUCGCAGUGAAGCGGGCUCACGAACAGACGCGGAAGUACACUUCAGAUACAACACAGAGUUCACCUAUGUCUCCACCCCACGAGCUUAUCAUAACCAGGCAGCGAGCGGAGUCAGAUUCAUCUGGACUGCUGACGACUGUGGACGGUCCCGGAAGUCGCGAAGUUCUUGUACAUCACCAGCAGCCACAACAGCAGCAGCACUCAGUGGGUAGUUCUGCAAACAACCAGGACCACUUGGCGGGUCUCAUCGCAUCACUAUCACUUGCUGGUGCUACAACCCCUCACACUAAUACCUGCACUUCUGCUUGGCACACGCAGAUGAGAGAAGAAAGCUUCUCUUCAUGGAGGACAACAUCAGUCAGUGAUGAGCCAGGCAGCCCCACUCAUUCAAGCAGCCCAAGGCCACAAACACCAGCAUUUCCUGUGCAUCCUCGUACACCUUAUGUUAACAACAGUUCACAGCAGUUUGAGAUGGCCUCCACAGCACCUGGCUUGCCUCCCAAGAGUCCAACUACACAGCGACGUUUGAGUUAUUCGGGAUCAUUUAAAAACCUGCGAAAGUGGCCUUCCAGUUCUUCUGUAUCUAGCAAGGACCGUUCUCCUUCGCCAGUGUCUGACCAUUCACAGACAGUGCACCAGCAGAACAUCAGCAUGAUAAGUAAUUCCAGCAGUGGUGUGAGCAGCAGCAGUCGCAUAAUCAAUGCUUAUCAAACAACACCACAUUCAUCUGGAUUUGUCUCUGAUGGCUACCUGCAGCAGAGCCCAAAAAAUUCUGCUGUUCUUAAUGGAAGCACUGGCCAGUCUUCACCCACUGUUUAUUAUGGCCAUUCAAGGAGAUCAUCACUGCAUUCAAACAGUGAACCACCACAGGAUGUAUCUCCAGCACAUGUUAAAUUUGUCAGAGAUACAUCACGUUUUUGGUACAAACCUACCAUCUCCAGGGAAGAAGCUAUUAACAUGUUGAAAGACCAGCCGCCAGGAACUUUUGUUGUACGUGAUUCCAAUUCAUUCCCUGGUGCCUUUGGACUGGCUUUGAAAGUUGCUACACCUCCACCGAAUGUACAAGGAAAGAGUUCCUCAUCAAGUGAUCCUGCUAGUGAAUUGGUGCGACACUUCCUCAUUGAACCAACAUCUCGUGGAGUGAGGCUCAAAGGAUGUAGCAAUGAACCUGUUUUCAGUUCACUUUCAGCACUGGUUUACCAGCACUCUCUCAUGCCUAUGGCUUUACCAUGCCGUCUGUUGUUGCCAGAGGGUGAUGGCUCAAGACUUACUGCUGAGAGUCCUGGAGCAGUUAGCAAUGCACAACUACUUUUAGCACAGGGUGCAGCUUGCAAUGUACUGUACCUGUUUUCGAUGGAUACAGAAUCACUAACAGGCCCUCAAGCAAUCAAAAAGACAGUACAACAACUUUUCACAAUGCAGCCUCUGCCACUGGCAACAGUUGUGCAUUUUAAAGUUUCUGGUCAAGGAAUUACACUGACAGAUAACAAGAGGCAGUUGUUCUUCAGGAGACAUUACCCAGUAAAUACUAUCUCGUACUGUGGCUUGGAUCCUGAUGACCACCGAUGGAGUCAAAAGAAUGAGGAGACAGGCAUGCCCAUUAGCUCCAAUCGAUGUUUUGGGUUUGUGGCACGUAAACAAGCAAGUAAAACAGAUAAUCAGUGCCACAUUUUUGCUGAACUGGAACCAGAACAACCAGCAUCUGCUAUCGUUAACUUUGUGUCAAAAGUAAUGAUGAAUUGUGGAAAUAUGAAAGCUAAUAUUGUGUGAUCAGUUUGAACAGAAUGUAUUUUUGAUUUUAUGUAAAGAACUGAAGAAAGAGUUCAACAUAAUCAUGUGCUCAGAUGCUGUGGAUUCAUACGCCUGAAGUUUGGAAACUUUGCACUGAACACACUGAUCCUACUGUCCUAUUACUUGAAACAGACUAAAGUGAAAUGAUACUGGAAGAGUAAAAGAAACAGUGACAUUUCCAGAACUAUGUAGGAUUUAAGAUGCUGCAUCAGUAGGAAGUAGUGAAACAGAUCUGCAAUACACAAAGAGUAUCACGUCUUGCUUCUCAAUCAGAGUGUUUUCAGGACUUUUUCACACUUUUAAAAGCAUAACAAGUUUAACAUAAUUUAUCAAUUUAGAAACAGUGAAAUGUAACCAAAAAACAUGAUUAUCUGACAAUGAAAAACUCAACAACGCAACACAAAGGAAAAUUUCUAUAUUAAUAGUGCAUCUUACUUCACGUGGCAUUUGAACACCAUAUUUUAUACAACAUAUCAGUGAAGAAAACAUAAAAUGUUUUUGGUAGAUUAUUUAAGCAUGUGUAUAAUCUGUUAAUAUGUAUAUACAUAUACUACCAAUUUUAAGAAAGUUGUUUUAUGAUUAAAAAUAUGAGUGACCUCAUUUGUGAACAUGAAAUUAAAAUAUUGUAGAUGAGUUGCAGCUUAAGAGAACUUCUUGCCAAACAUACAUAUAGAUAUGUAUUUAAUGCAAUAUAUCUUAUAAUAGAAAGCUGUUACAAUAUUUAUCGUUACUUUACCCUGCUUAGCAUACAGUAAUUGUAAAUGCUAGUACUUGUAAAUAACAUCUGAGUUGGUGCAUAAAGUAUACUUACACUAACAUGAGUCUAGUUGUAAAUAACACUCAUUUGUUUCCAUAAAAUUCCACAAAUAUGAGAUGUUUUUAUAUUGUUUAAAUAGGAAUGUAUUUUUAAAUGUAAGUAUAUAAUUUAGUGGGUUUUUCCCUCAAUCAAUUUAUUUUUGCUGUGGAUGACAAAUAAUUUCACAUUUCUGGAACAGUACAAGCUAUAAUUCUUUUUAGUUUCUUUGUCAUGUUGUUUGUUGUUGUUCUGGUAUGUUUGGCUGAAUGAUGGAUUUGAAAUGAGAGCAUAAAACUGGCUUUGGAAAUUUAUGUUGCAUGGUUCUGAUCAUUAAAAAGUAUGCUGGGUUUAUAAACCACACAAAUGAAGUUGCCUUAGAGAUGAUGAUUAAAUUGUUUCACUAGGAAAAUGUGGAACUACUAUUAAAUGUUAACACCAAUAAUUUUAUUUUUUAUAGAGAGUAUCUAACAAAUGGCAGAUUAUUGCUAACACUGUUGUCGUUUAUAUGUUGUUUACAAUAAUUUGUACUGCUACAUAAUUGUACUAAAGAACUUGUGUAGCAGUAACAUCUAAUGCAGUAGCUCCACAAAGAGCCAGGUUCAUAAAUUUAUCUCAAUAUUAUAUUGUCUUUGUCCACUGUUAUAUCCAGUGAUAGCAUGACAAUAGUGCGAUAUGAUGAAAUGGAUAGAUGUUUAAUCUUCCUUGGAUUUUAACUAAUGGUUAAACAAAAAAUUAAAAAUGUAAAUGCAGAAUGCAUGGAAUGUUACACACAUUAUGUUAAAAUAUUUUUUUUCUGUUACUGAUUUCUGAAAAUAUGAAUGAAGCUAGGCAUCAGUUAUAUAAUGAUGUGAUCAUAACAUGGAACAAUUCUUUUUUAAGAAACAAAAUUGCAUUGCUUUCCCUUUAUAACUGUUCCUCAUGUAUAAAAUAAAUGCUGUUAAUGCUUUGAAUUUUGUGUUUAGUUUUAGCCCUUAUCCUAAUUUGAGUAUUGUGGCACUAGAUGAGAAUUAUCAUGUAAUUGCAAAAGAGGGAAAUGUGACAGGUGAUCAACCUACAGAAUCACAGAGAUUAAUGCAACACUCAGUUGUUGAUGUAUGCUGGUGGCAUCUGAUGGCUUAAAAGCUCAAAUGAGCAAAUUUUGUAAUCGGAAGUACUUCUCGUUGUGCUAACCUGUUGACAAAACUUCGGCUUUCCUCUGCAAGCUUCCUCUAUUUUAUAGAUUUACACACUGAGAUAAUAAAGCGUAAAUGUAGUGAAAGAAAUCAAUAAGAAAAUUGUGAAAAACUGCAUAUCUUCUGGUGGCUCUUCAAAAGACUGCAUUCUCACUCUCUCUUCUGUUGAUAUAGUGUCUAAUAUUCAGUCUGUAAAAUGUUGGUAUCAUCUCAUAUUGGUGAGAACUCAUACAGUUUGAUUCCCUUGUUAUAAAGGCAUGGAUCACUAAAGAAAACAUUCUUAUUUGCCAUAUUUACUAAGCAUACCUGUUUUUCACUUACUUGUAUGCAUUUAUGACACAUCCAGUCAAUUUUUACUGCCUGCUUAAUUAUCAUUUGACUCAAUGACACAGUGAAAAAGAUCCCAUUUUGUGCAGGAGGCAAACAUUAUUCUGUUAUACACUGUUUUAUAU